AUGUAUAUACACUGCCGCAGUAGGGUCCCCUUCGCGACGCACAGUCGAGUACAUGCAGUUGCUUGGCUUUCACAUGUGUAUAGAUCUGAGCCUAUCGCGUGUGCGUGUGUGUGUGAUCUUGCAUCAAGCAACUCUCCUCGCUGCCCAGAUAACAUUACGGUUUUUAUGAAGUCAAAUAAGAGGGAAAAUUUGCCAGCCCAGGGCUUCAGGGACGCCGAUUCGCGAGCAGGGGAAAUUCUGGGUGACUUUGUCGCGUCUUUGGAGGGUGCCACAUUGUCUGACUCGCGAUUCACGGGACAAGGGAGACUGUGUUGUCACCGGGUGCUAAAGAUAGGAUGUAGAGAGCUCGAAGCUAACCCUGAUGAGGGUUUAGUCCCCUGA